ACUACACAUCUGCUUUUGACUCUGUUCCUACGGGCCUUUUAUUAAAUAAGCUCUCCUUGACGCACACAGCAUCCUGGGCCAAGAGAAGGAAGCAUUAAAAAUAUUAGUAAGAGGAUAACACAAAAUAUCAGCACAGUUCCUGAGGACAAUGGCAGGUACGCCAUCAGGACCAAGGCUUUGGGAAGGCUUAAGAGAACGGAGACAUUUAAGCACAUCAAGGGUAUUAAAACCAUUAAAAUUAUUGUCUAUGUGAUUUGUAUCAUUAGGAAGGAUAUCGUCAGAGGAGCGUAUGAAAGACUUAUUAAGAUUAUUAACAUUAAGAGAUUGUACAGAAUUACACCGCUUACCGCUAGUUAUUUCUUUAAAAAGUUUCCAUAAACUAGAAGGGGUUUUACAUGACAAAAAUCUUUGGUUGUAUAAAACAUUUAGUCUGUGCAUUUCGAGUUUUAUCAGAGGAUUUAGCUUUUUUACACCUGACUUAUCAUUUGUUUUGAACAACAGUUCUUUAUCUCUACGGAGCUUUUUGAGAUAUGGAGAAGAGAAACGGUCAAAACGAGUGAAUAAUGUUUCUUUAGGACAACAUAUUUCCAAACAGAAUUUAAGAUAAUCUGUGGUGUUUGUGAUUGUGUCAUUUAAUGUUUGUUCUGUAAAUAGGUCCCAGUUAGUAUCUAUCAACAUGCAUCUGAGUUUGCUUAGAUUAUCUUGUGAGUAGCAUCUCCGUUGAAAUU